AUGGCACUAGAGGCUGUGGUUUUCCCACAAGAUCCUUUUACUUAUUGUUACAAGGAUCAUUUGUACUCCAACUAUGGUUUCCAAGUAGCAGAAGAAGAGAAACUCCUUCUCGGAAUCAUCAAUAACAACAUAGAACAGAGUCUGCAUGCAAAUUGGGAUUCUUCUUCCACCUCGAUGAUGCAAAAUGUGAAGGACCAAUGGGAUUCUCACUCCUCCCCUGAAGCCUGCACCGUUGAUCAGUCCAUCACCGCACCUUUCCCUCUUCCUCCUUCUUCCACCACCACGGUUCGCCGUAAACGGCGUCGUAGCAAGAACGCGAAGAACAAGGAGGAAAUCGAGAACCAGAGGAUGACACACAUUGCAGUUGAACGCAAUCGCCGAAAACAGAUGAAUGAGUACCUUGCAGUGCUCCGUUCCUUGAUGCCUUCUUCUUAUGUUCAAAGGGGUGAUCAAGCGUCUAUUAUUGGGGGUGCGAUUAACUUUGUGAAGGAGCUAGAGCAGCUUUUGCAGUCCAUGGAAAGUCAAAGGAAAACGAAUGAGAAUAUUGGCUUAAAUGGGUCAUCACCCUUUGCGGAGUUCUUCACGUUUCCUCAGUACACAAAGCAGAGCAACAACGGAGGCGCCACGAUGGCAGAGAACCAGGCCCAAAAACAAUGGGCCGUGGCAGACAUUGAAGUUACCAUGGUGGAUAGCCAUGCCAACCUGAAGAUACUCUCAAAGAAACGAACCGGGUUGCUUAUGAAGAUGGUUGUUGGGCUUCAAGGCCUCAGGUUCACCAUUCUCCACCUUAAUGUUACCACUCUCGACGAUAUGGCCCUUUACUCAGUUAGUGUAAAGGUAGAGGACGGGUGUCAGCUGAACACGGUGGAUGAAAUUGCGGCUGCAGUGAAUCAACUAUUACGCAGGGUCCAAGAAGAAGUCACUUUUAACUGA